UCUCAGAGAGGGAGAGAGAUGCCUGCGCAGAUGCAACGAGGCAGAAGGAUGCAGCAAUGCUGGGUCUUUCUGAUGGUUGCCUGGGUGGCCAGCUUCUUCUGCUGUACAGUGGAUGCCUUACAGAGGAUCCCAUUGAAGAAGAUGCCCUCGAUUCGCCAGACCCUGCAGGAAAUGGGCGUGAGCGUGGCGGACGUCUUUCCUGAAUUGAAGCAGAAUAAAUACGCCCGUGCCACGGGACCACGGAACGGGACGGCCCCCACCAUCCUCACUAACUACCUGGAUACCCAGUACUACGGAGAGAUCAGCAUCGGCACACCAGCGCAGACCUUCAAAGUGGUCUUUGACACCGGCUCGGCCAACCUUUGGGUGCCUUCUUACAAAUGCUCCCCCCUCUACAGCGCCUGUGUUUCUCACAACCGCUACGACUCUUCCAAGUCCCGAACGUACAUAGCGAAUGGAACGGGCUUUGCUAUCCAGUACGGAACAGGGAGCGUGAAAGGCUUCCUCAGCCAGGAUGUUGUCAUGGUGGCAGACAUCCCCAUCAUCCAGGUCUUUGCAGAAGCCACGGUUCUGCCUGCCUUCCCUUUCAUCUUUGCCAGGUUUGAUGGGGUGUUGGGCAUGGGUUACCCCAGCCAAGCCAUCGACGGCAUCACCCCGGUGUUCGACCGGAUCCUCUCUCAGCAGAUCCUGAAGGAGGAAGAGUUCUCUGUCUACUAUAGUAGAGCUUCGAAGAACUCUCACCUGCAACCUGGAGGGGAAAUUAUCCUUGGAGGAAGUGACCCAGCUUACUACACCGGGAGCUUCCACUACCUAAAUGUCAUCAAGAAUGGGUAUUGGCAGAUCAGCAUGAAGGGGNUGUCUGUCGGGGCUGAACUCUUGUUCUGCAAAGAAGGCUGUUCAGUGGCCAUUGACACCGGCGCUUCCUACAUCACCGGCCCAGCAGGCUCCAUAUCCGUGCUGAUGAGAGCCAUCGGGGCAACCGAGCUGGCAGAAGGAGGGUAUAUGAUUGACUGUGACAAAGUCCCCCAGCUGCCCAUCAUCUCCUUCCACCUCGGAGGGAAGGCCUACACGCUCAAUGGCCCAGCUUACAUCCUGAGGCAAUCCCAGUAUGGAGAAGACAUCUGCAGUGUGGCUUUUGUAGGUCUGGACAUCCCGCCCCCCACCGGCCCCUUCUGGAUCCUGGGAGCCAGCUUCAUUGGGCAGUACUACACCAAAUUUGAUCGGAGGAACAACCGGAUUGGCUUUGCCACUUCCCUCUGA